UAUAUAUACACACACACACACGUGUGUUGUGGCUAUACUGUUAUACUUGUACUCAUCCAUCUUGUAACUGUCCGAUAACCUGAAAGCAACACCUCAUGAGCACCAUCAGUGCCUAAUGCAUAGUAAUAUGCAUCUUGAAACUGGUUUUGUGUACAGAUCUACUGUAUGCAAAACAAAUGUGGUUUAAAUGUACAAAAUUUAUACAAUUUUGAUUCACCGUUCAACUUAAGAUACAGUAAGUGGGCUUUUCCAUCAUUGUUUUUUUUUUUAUUUUUCAUCAUUUCUCAUUUCUAAUCAAAAUGAUCAUUAAAAAACAUAUAUAUAUAUUUUUAAAAAAAAAUCUAAUUUCACUUACUUUGCGGCGGGAGCACUGGGCACGUCCUCUGCCACCUUAUUUAGGGCAGCAGCAGCCGCCUCACCUUUCUCCUGUUCUGCAGUAGGCCUAGUCGAAGUAUGAGGACACUUCUGAAAACACUGAAAUAGUGUCGUUUGUUUUCGUUUCAUGAUUUCGCAUCAAGGCAUCGGGGCGCCGUGGCUCAGUUGACUAAUGCCGCUUUUCCACUACCAACGGGGCUGAGCCGUGCCGUGCUGAGUCGAGCUGAGCGGGGCUGUUGGAGUUGCAUUUCGACUACAACCGGGCUGAACCGUGCUGGCUGGAAGUGGGUGGACACAUUGGGUGGAGCUAGCGAAAGUGGGUGGACACAAUGGGUGGUGUUAGCGAAAGUGGGUGGACGUCACGUGAUGUCGUUAGGCGGCGCAAACAGUGACAUCAGUGAGCUUUUAAGCGGAAGUCUCACGACCCGGCUAGUAAACAAUAAACAUGGAGGACAUGGAGUCGUUAGUGUUGCUGGUCUUGUUGCUGUGGCUUGUUGUCACCGAAAACGCCAACAGAUACUGGCAAGAACGCAUAGAUGAGGCGAGGCGCAUAAGGCUUCAGAAAGAGAGGGAACUUCUUCAGUUCCUUCUCAAUGACGACGACACAGACGAUACGGAUGACACAGACGAUGAAACAGUUUCUGACACGGAGUACGAGCUCGCCAGCAAGAGACGACGUGUAAUGGCGGUUAUUGGAACACGCCGCACUCCUUCAGUGUGGUCGUUCAACCGGACAUCUGAGUGGUGGGAUACAAUUGUGCCCAGUUUCAGUACAGCGCAGUGGAUUGAAAACUUCCGGAUGUCCGAGGAGACGUUCGAUUACCUUUGCAACAAACUGCGUCCAGCUAUGAAGUUGCAAGACACGACCUUUCGAAGAUGCAUGUCUUUAAAAAAGAGGGUGGCUGUUGCGCUUUGGAAGUUUGCUACUGGCUCUGAAUACAGACUGAGGAACAGCGUCAGUGAGAAAUCCUGCACUGCUUUGGCUUCAGCUCUCUGUACAAAUCCAUCACACAUCAGAGAGCUGGAUCUGAGUGAGUGUAAACUGGGAGACUCAGGAGUGGAGAAGCUCUGUGAUCUACUGAAGAAACACGAGUGUAAACUGGAGACACUGCGGCUCAGUGAUUGUAACCUGACAGAGAGAAGCUGCUCAGCUUUACACACAGUUCUCAGCUCUGAAUCCUCCAAACUGACUGAGGUGGAUCUGAGCAGUAACCAUCUGGAGGACUCAGGAGUGAAGCAGCUUUGUGUUGGACUGGAGAGUCCAAACUGUAAACUGGAGAAACUGAGUUUGUUGAAACGUCCUGCUGCACAAGAGGCCUGUACUUGGCUAAAUUCAGUUUUAGAUGAAAACCCUUUACUCCUAAAAGAGCUGGAUCUGAGCAUGAAGGAACCAGGAGACUCAGGGGUGAAGAAGCUCUCAGCUCUACUGGAAGACUCUCACUGUAAAUUUCAGAAAAUUCGGCUGAAUAAAAGUAAUCUGACUGUGGAGAGCUGUUCAGCUUUAGCCAGCGUUCUCAAAUUAAAGUCCUGCAGUGUGAGAGAGCUGGACCUGAGCAACAACAGUCUGCAGGAUCCAGGAGUCACUCAGCUUUCUGCUGGACUGAAGAAUCCACAGUCUCCACUCAGAACACUGAGACUGUGUAACUGCAGUGUAGCAGCUGAAGGCUGUGCUGCUUUGGCUGCAGCUCUGGAAGAAAAUCCCUCACAGCUCAGAGAGCUGGAUCUGAGCGGGAAUAAAGCAGGAGACUCAGGAAUAAAGCAGAUCUCGAACCUCCUACAGAAUUCACACUGCCUCCUGGAAACACUCAAGUAUGUCAAUGUCAUUUCUUAA